CAUUAACUGGACUUGUUUAUGAACGUCGUUAACGAAAGUCGACAAGAUUAUAAUCGAGAUUUCAAUAGUUUUAGAUCGAAAUAAUGAGGAAUGUAAAUCUGAUUUUAACAGAGAAAUGGCGAGAAUGUAAUUAAGACGUUAUAUUGUCUACUAUUGGUAGAUAUAUAGAAAUGUCGUGGAAGUCACCUGACGAAGCAGCAACCAAUCAAACUAAUGUACCAGAUUACCAAAAGAUGCUUCAGGCACCCCCGUAUCCAGGAUGGGGUGAAUCUGAUGAAACUCACCGGCCAGCUCGAUCUCACAGUCCAGUUCCUAGUCAUACAUAUAGCACGGAGAACACACAUGAACCACGAAUAUAUCAACCUGGCAAAUAUACCAUGGUGCCAGGAAGUAGUCACUACGAUCCCCCAUACAGGGAAUACGAACCCGUGAGAAGGGACCCGACCACCGUGCAGUAUUUAAGUAGCGAUGGCUACGAAAAAAUCGGACACGAUAAUGAUUUCACUUAUAAAACUUUACCCUUCAAAUCUCGGGCCGGUCAGCAGUAUAGUUCAGGACAUUCCUAUAGGGUUCCAGCGUCACAUUCGAAUCAGGCAGAAAUGAUAUACAGAACGCCUGUUAAGUCGGGUUCGGGGCAUGACGGUUUUGAGAGAGAGCGUAACCUUCCCCCUGCAGGUCCAGGAUACGUUCGGCGUGAGAAUGUUCCGGGGCCUGGAACAAGUUUACAUUCGUCGGGGAACCUGCGUCAUUCUACGGGUGAUUUACGGCAUUGGCAACAAUUACAUCAAGAACAGCUACUCCAUCAACACAUAGAAACACAGGCACUGUAUGAUAAACCAGCAUCAAUAUCUAUAGAUAAUUUAUUUAAACAACUGAGUUUAAAAGAGGAAGAUGCCUCACGAUGGGAGCCAAUUCGUCGUGCUGCUGAUGGUAUUAUUCAAGAAAAAAAUAUGAUUAUUGAAAAGUUAAAGAAUCGUAUUUUACAGUUAGAAGAAGAUUGUAGUGUAAAUGAAAGUCGUUUAAAACAUGCUUUAAUAACAAAUGACGAUCAGGGGGACUCUACUCACCUGAAAUUACAGGAACUACAGUAUAAAUAUGCAGCUCUGAAGACGGAGAUGAUUGACACCAGAUCUCAGAAAAAUAUAGAAAUAGAUGAACUAGGUUUAAAAUUAGGUGCUGCUGAAUAUGAACUAGAUCAGAUGAAGAAAUCUAUUAAAUCUAGAGAUACCAACACAUCAGAACUUCAUAUCAAGUUGAAACAGAAAGAAAUAGAAUCUGUUGAAUGGCAGAAGAAGUUUAAUGAAAUGAAGGAAAGUUCUGUGGACUUGAAACGUAAACUUGAUAGUUUAGGAAAAUAUCUUGGUGAUCUACCAACCACUGAAGAAACAACUAAAACAGCACAAGAAUGUCAGAAAUUAAAAGAAGAAGCAAGUCUAAAAGACACAAAAAUACACGAGUUAGAACGUAAACUGAAUCAUGCGAGAAAAGUUUUAUCUCAUAAAGAAUUUCAACAUCGUGAGAUGACCGAUGCCGAGCGGCAUUUACAAGAAAAAAUCAAAGCUUUAACGGAUGAAAAUGAAAGAUUAAAGUUGGAUGAUAUGGCUGCUGCCUUGUUCAACGCUCAGGAAGAUCUACGAGAAGUAAAGGAAGAAAAAGAAAGACUGGCCAUUGAUUUAGAAAAGGCUAAAAAGCUUUUAGAAGGAACACAUCGUAAGUUACGACAUCAAGAAGUUAAAUAUCAGACAGAGCUGCGUCAGUUUACGGAGCGUGUUGGACAGGAGGAGGAAUCUGUCGAGAUAUUACGUCAAGAAAUCAGUAAAAAAGAUGAACAGAUGAAUAAGAUGAGGAAGGGAAUGAAAGAUCUGAAUACCCAGCAUCAGGAUCUGAUGGAACAGAAUUUAAUAUUAAAAGAUCAGUUAAAACAGUUUGAAAUGAAAUGUACAGACGAGAAUUUGAAACAACAGAGGAGAUUCAUGCAGGAGUUGGGAUUAUGUUUUUCUGAGCUGCAAUCAUUAGUACAUAUCUGUACACAACGUGCCAAGGGAGAAGAUCCUAAUAUGUCUAUAUUACUAGGAGUAGGAUCUGUUGGAUUAAAUGACGGUGGUGUAGGGGGUGGGGCUUCAAACAAUGAUAUGGAAGGACAAACCAUCGCCCAGUGGACUUCAAAAUUAAAGGAGUUACGUGUGGAAGUUGAUCGUUUACGACAAUUUAUCAGCAAUAAAUACGCUGAAGAUAUGGCGGACAAUAUAAAUUGUACGACACAGUAGGAUUGAUCAAGAUAUGGCGGACAAUAUAAACUGUACAACAAAGUAGGAUUGAUCAAGAUAUGGUGGACAGUAUUAACUGUGCAACGCAAUGGGAAAACUCAGUGAUAAAUUACGAUAUGCAUUGAAUAAGGGUUUUUAAAGGACCUGUUUAAUGUUAAAAUUAACGACAUGCAUUGAAUAAAGGUUUUUAAAGGAACUGUUUAAUGUGAAAUAAACGAUAUGCAUUGAAUAAGGGCUAUAAAGUGUCUGUUUAAUGUGUAAUUAAUGAUAUACAUUGAAUAACGGAUAUAAAGUGUCUGUUUUCCCUCAUUCAUUAUGAAAUUGAAGAUAUGCAUUUAAAUAGGGCUUAAAGAGCCUGAUUCUCUCUUCCAUUAUCAUGUAAAUGGCCCUUAUAUUAAGAUGGCUUUAAUUUAUGAAAUCCAAAAAUUGUGCUGCUUGGAUCCUUGAUUUACUUACUUGCAUGUUUUUUAUGAUUAUAAUCCAGCUAUAAUGCAUGUGCUUGUGCUUAUGCUUUUGUUAUUUAGCUCCGUUAUCUAAUUUGAAAUAAAUAACCCCAAAAUAUUGAAAUCAGGUGAUAGAUAAUUUGAAAUCCUGAUACCUAGGUGAUGAAUUUCUGGUCUAUAUUGAUAAUUUAGACUGAUAAAUUUUUUGUAAUUUUCUGUUUAGUAGACGGAUAAGUAUAUUGAACUUUUCUGAUAAAUUUUGUUCACUUUUCGAAUCGGCUGAUCAAUAUUUUGAAAUUUUCAAAUAGACUGAUCAGUAUUUUGAAAUUUUCAAUUUAGACCAAUCAAUAUUUUGAAAUUUUCAAUUUAGACCAAUCAAUAUUUUGAAAUCCUUAUAUGUGCAAUAGGGAAAUUGAUUUUUUGUUAACCCUUUAAGUGAUGAAUAUUUUGAAAUCCUUAUAAUAGGAUUAUAACUACUUUGAACUAAACAGUAAAGGCCAUGAAUAUUAUUAAUUUUCAUUUUUAGUUCAUUUUUAGGCCGAUAAAUAUUUAUGAUAUUAGCAAUCAAGUCUCUGCAGUCCUUCACGUUUAAAGUGCGCUAUCGCUCCUGCUCCUCUCGACACACCGCUAAAUCGCUCUCCUUAAUAUUGAGAUUGAUAAACUAAUUUCAGUUUUAAACUGCAUACGUUCGAGCUAUCAGUUUCCAUAAUGACAAUUUUGAUGCUACCAUAUUCACCAAACAUUUUCACCAGAAAACUAAGGAAUAAAUACAAUUUGGCUCACCUUUAUUUAAGAAAAUAUAGAAUUACUCUUGCAAUAUAAUUAAGAGAUUUUUUUAUGGAAGCUUUUUUCUCUUUUUCUUAAAUUGAUAGAAGCUUUUUAUGGCUCCUGCACAAUUUUAUAAACGUGAAUGACUGGUUCCUGAUGAGGUAGAUAUUUUAUAAACGUGAAGGACUGGUCUCUGAUGAGAUAGAUAUUUUAUAAACGUGAAGGACUGGUCUCUGAUGAUGUUCAGUUAGGAUGAUACAUAUUUUGAUUAGAAGGUAAUCAUCCCAUAUUGUAGAUAAUUUCAUGUGAUUUAGGUAGUGUGAUGUGAAUUAUAUAUCACACUAUGACUUACUCAACUUAUGUAUGAUCACACUGUGAAUUAAUCAACUUGCCAUGAAUGGAUGGAGAAAUCUCAACAAAAUACAUUCAGGACUUGAAAUAACAGUCUUAGUUAUAUCGGGCAAAAUGUCUUGUUACUAAUAAACAGGUCAGUUCACAAAGCAUUCCCAGGUUUAAGUUAAGAAUUGACUCAACUUUCAAUAUCCCUUGUUGUACAUGACAAGGAGUGGGGUCGCCUGUCCAACCUCGAGGGUUUUCAACAAAUGUUUAUGUGAAAUAUCUUUGAUCCAGAAACACAAAGCUUAUUGAUGCAUUUGAUACAUUAAAACAACAAAAGUUUUAUAAAGGGCUAAAAAAAAAGGCAAACAAUUUUGUGUAAAUUCUAAACUUAAAUCUGAAAAAUGGUUUGUGAAACUGGGGCCUGGUUAGGUUAUAUUUUGAACUUUGUGCCAGACAUGUUAUAUAUAAAUAUCUAUAAAAAUACUAAAAAUAGUCAAAUAAUUAACCAGACAAAAAAACACACACAUAGGGAUUAUGUGAACAGAAUUUGUUUUUUAAUGAAUGGUCUAAAAAACAUCACAUGAAUUGAGACUUACCAUAUUUAAUAAACUCGUUUGUUUUGUCUUUUCGAAAAAGAGAAUGAUUUUCUUAGGAAAGCAAUACAAGAUUUAGGAUCAUAUAUUUUUUUUGUUAUUUAUGUUUUAUGAAAGAAUCUGACUGUAUCAAGGAACUGAUAAAUAUCUCCAACACUUAUCAUCAUCAUCAGGAUCAGAAAUGCCUUGAUGCAGUUCGAUUAUGUUAUAAAUAUAAUGACGAUAAAAUUAUAAAGGAACAGUCUCCCUUAGUCAUAAUAAAUUACCAUGAACAUUUUGUUCUGACUAGAGUCAGAUUAAGGCACAGGCUUCAGGGUUGUGAUCCAGAGACCAUUACCAAGUGUAGAGCCUCCUGAGAUGAAGUGAAAAGUUAUUUCAUUUGUGAACAAUGAAUCAAAAUAUUGUUUGGAGAAAUUUGUUACCACAAAAUUAGGGAAAGCUAAUAUUUGAAUUUUAAUUGUUGUCAGCCUUGUAAAAGUAAAUCGAAUUUAUCUUUCCUUUUGAGAAUAUUACUGGAUCCCUACAAUACUAGUAGCUAGUAGCCCAGAGCCAGGGACUUAUAAAUCUUAAUCCGACUCUAGUUCUAUAUUUAAGAUAAAUGUUUAUAUGAAUAGAUAUUAGCCUGUGAUUUUGUUAAAUCAGUAUUAUAAAGGAGGAACGAUCUGUGUUACUUAUAUAUAUAUAUAUAAUCAUAUCAUACUGGUUAUGUGAUUGAAUUUGUCAAAAUGGCUAGCUUCAAUAUAGACUAGUGGGUUGGGUGGCCGAAUGAUCUAAUAUGUAUGCUUUAGAUCAUAAUGUCUGUUAUUGAGUCCAUUGGUGUGAUUUCGAUUCCCAUCUUAUAGGUGACAUGGAGUAGGAUCACCGUCUUCAUUUGCAAAGUCGAUGCAGAAAAGUUAAACCCAUUUCAUUUCAUUUCAAAAGCAAUGCAAUUGAGGCGUAAAAUAAAGUUCUGUGUCCUUUGUAAAGUGUAUUGAAAAAAUGACUCAUUGUUUGGUACCAUUUUCCCAAAGCCAGUCACAUAAGACAGUAUUAUAAACAAUAAUUACAAUAGGAGUAGACAUAUGUUAUUAUUAUAUUAAGGAAUUAUUACAAUAGGAGUAGAUAAGUGAAUAUUUUGUGAUAAACUGGGAGUAGAUUAGAAUUAGUUCUUAUCAUAUUCAACUCAAUAAGCAUGUGUGUGUUUGGGAAUCAGGCUUAAUUGUCAUUCAAAUAAACACAAAUUAGGCAUUGAAAUACUAUAUAGGCGUACUGGCUCCUCUAUGAUUUAGAAGGCUGUAAAAUUAUUACUUGAUUACUGUCUGGGACCUCCACUUGAUGAUGGCUAUAUGUGUUACAGACUCCAUUUCUCAAACUAUUUCUCAAUAGUAAUGUGAAAGCCUUCUUAUUACAUUGUACAAGCUGACUGACCUAUGUGGUCACGCUUUGUAUAGUUGAGAUCGAUAACACAUGUGUUAUUUACAUCAGACGUAGUAAUAUAAAUUGUCCAUGCUGAAAUGGCAUCUUUCACUCAUUUUACGCCUUCUGCACACUAUUUUACGUACCCAUUAACACUAAAUAGGAAAUAUAUUUUAUCCAAAAAAACUUCUAACAUAGUUUCUUUUUUUCUUAAUGAUUUAAAGAAAUGUUUUAGAAUUCAAUUUGCAGAAGAAAGAAAAAAGUAAAUAUCAGGGGCUAAUUAACUCGCCCUGAUGUCAUCCCUAUCAGCGAUAUUGGCAG